GAGAACUCAGACUUAUCGGGACCCCUAAUAAUUGUGCUUUCCCUAGGAUUUAUUUUAUUACUAGCUGGAAAAGCUUCCUUUAGUUAUAUUUAUUUGAUUGGUAUUGUGAGUAGCUUGAGUAUAUAUUUACUUCUCAAUAUGAUGAGUCAAAAUUCAACUGUGGAUUUAUAUCGAACCAUUAGUAUGCUCGGUUAUGCUCUGUUACCUCUAGUCAUAUUAUCAUUAAUAUCUAUAAUUAUUAAUUUAAGAUCUAAAAAAGGAUAUUGUAUAUCUUUUUUUUGUAUUUUAUGGUCAGCUUUAACAGCUUCUCGAUUUUUUGAAGUGGCAUUGCGUAUGAACAGUCAAAGAUACCUUGUGGCUUAUCCUAUAUUUUUAUUAUAUUCAUGUUUUGCCUUAAUUAUAAUUUUUUAG